CUUUCCUGUUUGUCUUUCACGGUGAAAUAUAUUUUUUUCUAGAGCCAAGAAGUGUCUGAUUCUAAAAUUAGUCAUGUCAUCUUACGAAAACGUAAUACUGAAAUGAGCACCGUUGGAGAAUGGAACGAGAGUCUGGACAACCUAGAUGACCUGAUCAGCUGCAUGGGAAGCCUAGAGAGGGAAGACAUCAUUUACCUGGAUGAGUACCUGGUGGGAGAGACGAGUCCCCACUCGCACUCACCCAGUCGCUGGCUGGCCCUCAUGAAAGGGGAGUCAGAGGAGGACCAGUGUGAAGAAGUGUAUUGCGGAGAGAGAUAUGAUGUGGAGAGUGGGACAGAAGGACAUGAGUAUAGUGUUUUUGAAGAAGAGGACAAUGCAGAUCUCAUUAUUAAUUUGCCACAGGAGCAGUCAGCAGCUCAGACCAAGCCCUCUGAUCUUGGUAAAAGGUCAGGAACACCAUCAAGGUCCACAAAAGGAGUCCCAAAGGUUAAAUUUGUCUCUUAUGAGUCUCUGCCUGCCAGUAAAGCCAAGCUUUUCUUGUGUGAGCUGUGUGGGAUGAAGCUCUCCACAAGGGAAGCAAGGAGGAGGCACAUCCUAGCCAAGCACAUCAAGGAACGGAAGAAUUUCUGCAAAAUCUGCGGGAAGGCCUUCAUAUUCAAAUUUGCCCUAAAAGCCCACAAGGCAGUACACUCAGAUAAUCCACGCUUCAACUGUGUGUGCGGUAUUUCAUUCUCUGUGCGUGCAUCGUACAUGGACCACAUCAAGAGAAUCCACAGAGCUGCUUCUGAGAUGAAAUAUCCAUGUGAACUUUGCUUCAAAUCCUUUGGUGAUCGCCAAACUCUGCGGAUCCACUUGAUAUCAGUCCACAAGCCAAAGACGAUAUCUUGCACCCAGAAAGGCUGCAAUAAGGUCUUUUCCACAGUUGGCCUCAUGAGAAACCACUAUAGGUACCACCUCAAUCGAAAAUUCACAUGCGAUGAGUGUGGGCGAAGCUUUUCCACAGAAUCCUACAUGUACAAACAUCGUCUCACUCAUUCAGGCAUACGACCACACGUCUGCGUUGACUGCGGGAAGACAUACUUGAGUGCGUCCCAUCUCAGCAAGCACAGGCGCAUGGCCCACUCCACUGCCAGACCCUUCCAAUGCUCCUUCUGCGGGAAGUGUUACAAGACCAAAGAUCAGGUCAACUAUCAUGAAAGUAGCCACAAAGGUGAGAAGCCUUUCCAGUGUGAGGUCUGUGGGUAUGCUACAUCAUACAGGAAUACUUACUAUGCUCACAGGAAGAAGCACUUUGUAAAAAGUUCUCCAGAUAGUACAGCCUCAAAUGUACAAAAAAGUUCCAUGACUGUACAGAGUGAGUCGUCAUCUGAAUUAGAAUCAUCAAAACAUGAUGAUGCAUCUGGCAAAGGAAAGAAGACAUCAGACACCCCAAGAUACAAAGGAAAAUCAAAAGAUCUUACCAAAACUAAGAGCAGCAAUACUCAGAAAAAAGAGGAUGUAACCAUCAUUAAAGGUUCCAGUACAGGUUUGGUUGCUACAAGUGAAGACAGUGUACAUUUUUCUGAGACCUGUUCCAAGCAGCUUUCUUUGCAAGCAUCAGACAACAGAGAUAUCUUUAAAGUAAAGAAUGUGUGUGAUCCUAAUGCUGAAUCUGUAGAAGUUAUUUAUGUUUCACCGAGAUCCAACGCCAUCCGGAAAAUGGAACAGCAGCCAUCCUUGACAGUACCUUCUGGCAAUGAUCAAAAUGUAACAUUUCACAUGAGCAGUGAAAAUUCCCUGAAAGUAGAUGCAGAAAAAUGUUACCUGUCAUACCCUGCUGAAUCUCCUAUCACUCAGAAAAAAGAUCAGGAAAAUGAGGUUUCCUUCAAGGAGGCUAUUCAGAUUUGUGGCAUUCCGUCAUCUGCAACAGAUAAAGGUACUGGAGAGAAAAACAUGAUCAUGACAGGCGAAAAACAGAAUUCCUGUAUUAUAUUAUCAAGUAGCGGGAGGUGUGCAGUGCCAACAUGUGAGAGCAAUGAUGAUUCCCUCUUGCUUAUUAGAGUAGGAGACGAUUCAUACAUAGGCGUUUGCAGACAUCACACUUUCACUGACCAGUUGUGUGAUACUCCAAAGGAUGGUGAUUCAGGACGAGAGUCAAAUGAGGAUGACAUCACCCUGCAGGCAUAUGACAAUGUGAGCAUCCACAUUACAACUCACACUGAAAGAGAGGGGGACGAAAUGAUCACUUUAGCAACUUCCGAUGCAUCCUUGAAAACUUCUGGAGAACUCAACAGUGUGGGUGAACUAGAGGCUGAAAUUGGAGACCAAACCAUCUCACUGAUUACAUUGCCAGAAAAGUAUGAGAGGGUUGAAAUAGACACAGAGGAUUCCUUGCCCCAUCAUUCUGAACUAGGAGUAGAACUGCUUAAGGGUCAGAGUAUAGCACACAUUGAGCAGCCAGAUGCCAAUCAACCUGUAAAAUUAAGCUCAAGUGAGGUGUGUCCAGUAGAGGAUUUCUCAACCAUGAUUGAGUUGGAUUCUGGGGUUGCAAGUUUAUCUGGGCACAUUGUAGACGACUCGCUCAGCUUGGCACAGCUAGAAGUCGUAUGCCCACUCUGUGAUGAACAGUUCAUGUGCAUGGACGCAUAUGUCACUCACUUAGAAUGUAGUCAUAAUUAGUCACCUUUAGUCUUGGCUAUCUCUUUUUACUGCAAAUAUUGUUACUCAGUUGUUUAAAAGUACAAUCUGUUAGAUCUCAUUAACUGAUGUUUAGGAUUUUGUAUGGAAGUAGGAAGGUGAAAAAAAUCAUGUACUUAAGUGCUUAGCAUAUAAAAGACUUAAAGAAAUACUGUUGGUUGUUAUAUGUUUUAAUUGACCAUUUGUACCUUAUCAUCACAAUUGGGGGAACUGAUCAAAAUACGCUCAGAUCAAUUUCUUCUUAUAUCUAUUAAAGUGAUUUGUGAUUUGUCUUCACAUUUAAACUCAGGACAGAUUUUUCUUUCUUUCUUUUUGUGUGUGGUCAAAGUUCAGCCAUACAGUUUUUUGAAUUAUUAUUUUGUGUAUUUCAUUAAAACAUUCAGGGUGUGAUUUUUAUGUUACAGUUUCGCUAGAUGUAAGGAUUGUUUACCAAAAAGUGUUGCAUGUAUUUUCUUACAGAAUUUUGGUGUGAUUGCAGUUCCGAUCAAAUUUUGGUAUUCUAGUCAGAAUCAGAGAAUUCAUAAUUAUACUACUUAAGGUCUUAGAUUCUACUGUUUCAACAUAAGUGUUACUUAUAUAAUCUAUAUUUGAUGUAUGAUAUAUUGUUUUGUUAAUACAACUUCAGUUUAAGGAUAAACUGUUUA